AUGUCAGAUGUAUUAGCUAGAAAUAAACAAUAUGAAUAUAAAGCUAAUUCAAAUCUUGUUAUACAUUCAGAGAGAAAUCCAAGGGAUUUAAGGGAACCCAAAGGAGAACCGGAAACACUAUGGGGUAAAUUGGGUGGUCAAAUGGGAGAUAGAGUCAGCUAUUCAAAGCCGACAGAGUUACUCGAUAGACAUCAGCAGUUGAAGCGAAAGAAUAACGAUAAGGUUGUGGUGGACACUGGUGUUGUACAGAAGAAACAAAGAGGUGGAUCGCGUGGCGGAGAUGCUUCUGGCGACUCAAAUGACCACGCUAGCGGCGGUAGUCAUCGUGGAACCAGUAAUAUUUUGAGUGCAACCGAUGUCUACGAAGGAUUGUACAGACCAAAGACUAGAGAAACCAAGAUUGUCUAUGAGCAGUUGCUCAGCUUUGUUCAGGGCUACAUCGGUGAUCAGCCGCUGGAGAUUGUCAAAGGUGCCACCGAUGAGAUUCUCGCCAUUUUGAAGAACGACAAGAUGCGUGCACCCGAGAAACGCACAGAGAUUACCAAGUUGUUGAAAGGCAUGAGCGAGGAGCGCUUUGCCGAGCUGACCAAUUUGAGUCGCGCCAUCACCGACUAUGCAGAGGCGACCGGCACAAGUGGCGUGCGUAACGACAACCUCGACGAUCCACACGGUGUCGCUGUAAUCAUUGACGAAGACGAAGAUGAAGACAAUCAAUCCGAUUAUGAAAUUAAAGAUAUCGAUGAAGAUGAUGAGGAUCAAGAUGAAGAUAAUAAUACUGGUGGUGUUGAUAAGGAUAAUGAAAAUGACAAUAAUGGUGAGAUAAAGUCAAACGAAAGAGAUAACAGUAGUAGUAAUGGAAACAACAGUAGUAGUAGCAGUAGUAGUGGUUCACUCAAUCCAAUGGAUAUCGAUGCAUUUUGGAUACAGAGAAAGAUAUCUACCUUUGAAUCGGAUCCUUUACAAUCACAAAAGUUGGCGGAACAAGUAUUAAACAUUCUCAGACAAAACGAUUUGAGAAGAUGUGAAACUGACUUGGUUGGAUUGUUUGACUUUGAGAGAUUCGACUUUAUUAAAUUAUUAUUAAAGAAUAGAAAAACAAUUUUAUAUUGUACUUUAUUAGCCAAGUCAGAAAAUGACCAGGAAAGAAAGAAAUUGGAAGAUGAGAUGUCACAGGAUUCAGAAUUAUACAGUUUAUUAAAUACAUUGAAAGGAACAUCGAUGAAAUUGGACUCCAAUGGAAAUGGUGUCGAUAAGAAGAACAAUGCUCAGCAGCAAAAGAAAAAGACGGCUGGUAUCUCGCCUGACAAUAUAAAGACACCAAAGCGAACAUUGGAUCUUGAGGGUUUGAAGUUUCAACAGGGCGGUCACUUGAUGACCAACAAAAAGUUCCAAUUUCCUGCGGGAUCGAAACGUGAGACCUACAAGGGUUACGAAGAGAUUCACGUGCCUGCCAAAGUGACACCGUUCGACGAUCGUAACGAACGACUCGUCGAGAUCAAGGAGUUGCCAGAGUGGGCACGCGUUCCCUUCAAGGGAUUCGACAAGUUGAAUCGUGUGCAAUCGCGACUCUACGAAUGGGCAUUCAAAUCGAGUGACAAUCUCUUGUUGUCGGCACCAACCUCUGCCGGUAAGACCAACGUCGCCAUGCUCACCAUCCUCCAUGAGCUCGGAAAGCACAUCGAUCCAGAGACAGGCGUGAUCGACCUCGACUCCUUCAAGAUUGUAUAUAUAGCACCCAUGAAAUCACUGGUACAAGAGAUGGUAGCAAACUUUUCCAAUCGUUUGGCAUCGUAUGGCAUUGUCGUAAAGGAACUCACAGGUGAUCAAUCUCUCACCAACAAACAAAUUUCAGAGACUCAAAUCAUUGUCACCACUCCUGAGAAAUGGGAUAUCAUUACUCGUAAAUCUGGUGAACGUGCAUACACUCAAUUAGUUCGUUUAAUUAUUAUUGAUGAAAUUCAUUUGUUACACGAUGAAAGAGGACCUGUUUUGGAGUGUAUUGUUGCAAGAACUUUGAGAACAAUUGAAUCCACUCAGGAGAUGGUAAGAUUGGUUGGUUUGUCCGCUACUUUGCCAAACUAUGAGGAUGUUGCCACGUUUUUGCGUGUUAAACCAGAGGGUGUUUUCUAUUUCGAUUCUAGCUACCGUCCAAUUCCAUUGGAACAACAGUACAUUGGUAUCUCUGAUCGUGGUAUCAAACAGUUGCAACUACUCAAUGAUAUUACUUUUAAAAAGGUAAAUGAACGUGCCGGUACCUAUCAGAUCUUGAUAUUCGUACACUCGAGACGUGAGACUGCCAAGACUGGUCGUGACAUCCGUGAUCGCGCGCUCGAAGCCGACAUCAUUGGAAAACUACUGAAGCGAAAGGACAGCGUUGAAAUCUUGAAGGAGGAAGCAGAGAAGACUGCCAAGAGUGCAGAUUUGAAAGAUUUGCUACCCUAUGGUAUUGGUAUACAUCAUGCCGGUCUCUCCAGGUCGGACCGUACGCUUGUCGAAGAGUUGUUUGCCGACAACCAUAUUCAAGUGUUGAUUUCCACAGCCACUCUGGCAUGGGGUGUCAAUCUUCCAGCACACACUGUCAUUAUCAAAGGCACGCAAGUGUACAACCCCGAGAAGGGAUGGACAGAGUUGAGUCCACUCGACGUCACACAGAUGUUGGGUCGUGCCGGUCGUCCACCUUUCGAUACCGAGGGAGAAGGUAUCAUUGUAACCUCACAGAAUGAACUGCAAUUCUAUCUGUCGUUGAUCAACACUCAACUCUCGAUUGAGAGUCAAUUCAUCAGCAGGUUGGCCGACAACCUCAAUGCCGAGAUCGUGCUUGGCACCAUCCAAACGGUGCGCGAUGCCGUCCAAUGGCUUGGCUAUACCUAUCUCUUUAUCUGUAUGCUUAGAAAUCCGCCAUUGUACGAGAUAUCCUACGAUGAAAUUGCCGAGGAUCCCGAAUUGGAGCAGCGUCGUCUCGACCUCAUUCACACUGCGGCACUCCAACUCGACAAGAAUUCAUUGAUCAAAUACGAUCGCAAGUCCGGACACUUCCAAACCACUGAGCUCGGUAAGGUAGCUUCGCAUUACUAUGUCACCAACGCUUCGAUGUCUGUCUAUCAGGAGCAUCUCAAACCAACCAUGUCGGACAUUGAAUUCUUCCGACUGUUCUCACUCUCCUCCGAGUUCAAGUCUGUCGUCGUCAGAGACGGUGAGAAGGCAGAACUCGAGAAACUGUUGGAGCGUGUUCCCAUUCCUGUGAAGGAGAGCAUCGACGAGCCAUCGGCCAAAAUCAACGUACUCCUGCAAGCCUACAUCUCAAAUUUGAAGUUGGAAGGAUUUGCUUUGAUGGUCGAUAUGUUCUACAUUGCUCAGUCGGCAUCGAGAAUCUGUCGUGCACUCUUUGAGAUUGUCAUAAAGAAAGGAUGGGCACAAGUCGCCAAGAAGAUUCUGGGCAUCUGUAAGAUGGUCGAUCGCAAGAUGUGGGCAUCGCAAUCGCCACUGCGUCAAUUCAAGGAAAUCACACCAAAGAUCUUGAACCAAUUGGAGCGUCGUUCCAUCCCGAUCGAAGAUCUCUACGAGUAUAAUUCACAACAGCUUGGAUCGGCCAUUCAGAAUGCAGCGGAAGGCAAGAAGCUCUACAAAUUGAUUCACCACUUCCCCAAGCUCGAUUUGACUGCUCAUGUUCAGCCGAUUCUUCGUGGAUUGCUUCGUGUCGACUUGACACUCACACCCGAUUUCGAAUUCGACGAGAAGUAUCACGAUAACUCGAUUGGUUGGUGGGUGAUCGUCGAGGACGUCGACGGUGAGAAGAUUCUCUACUACGAGUAUUUCAUGUUGAAAAAGAAGAUGAUGGAAGAGGAUCAAACCAUUACUUUCACAGUACCACUGUCCGACCCACUUCCACCACAAUACUAUGUACGUGUGGUUGCCGACCGUUGGAUUGGCGCAGAAUAUAAUCUCUCUGUCAGUUUCAGACAUUUAAUUCUACCGGAAAAGUAUCAGCCAUGCAGUAAGCUUCAUGAUUUGAUUCCACUGUCUCUGGAUUCACUAAAGGACUCCAAGGCAAAGGAGAUAUUCAACUUUAAGUAUUUCAAUGCCAUUCAAACUCAGGUGUUUGACUGCCUUUACAAAGGCGAUGAUAAUGCGCUGAUUGCAGCACCUGCCAACUCUGGAAAGACAGUGUGUGCCGAGUUGGCAGUGCUCAGAGAGUUGAAGAAGAAUCCCAAUGCCAAAUGUGUAUAUAUUGCACCGAUGCAAGAUUUGGCGACUCUUCGUUUGCGUGACUGGACAUUCAAGUUCCAGAACACUCUUGGAAAGCGUGUUGUCGAGCUCACUGGUGAGCCAAUCACCGAUAAUAAACUACUAGAGAGCGCAUCGAUUGUUAUUGCAACAGCCGAGAAAUGGGAUAUUCUCUCGAGACGUUGGAAGCAGAGAAAGUCGAUUCAAAACAUCUCGUUGUUUGUCGUCGACGAACUGCAUAUGAUUGGUGGCGGUGCCGACGGUGCCAUCCUCGAGAUCAUCGUGUCGAGAAUGCGUUUCAUUGCCAUUCAAACCGGUAGUCCAAUUCGUAUUGUUGCGCUGUCAUCGCCUGUUGCCAAUGCUCGUGAUCUUGCAGAGUGGAUCGGUGCAACACCCUCGACCAUGUUCAACUUGCACCCAGACGUCCGUCCAGUCCCACUGGAAAUUCAGAUUCAAGGAUUCGACUUCCCACACUACAAUGCACGUCUGCUAGCAAUGGCAAAGCCAACCAUCUAUGCUGUGAGUCACAAUCGUCGAGGACAAUCAUUGGUAUUCGUUCCCACUCGUAAACUUUCGAGAUCGCUCGCCAAAGAUCUCAUUGUCCACGUGGACUCUGAGGAUGACAUCGACAAGAAGCGCUAUCUCCGUUGCUCCGAAGAGGAUCUCGAGAAACAUCUCCAGAAGAUUGAGAGUGUUGCGCUGAAACAAGCGUUGCAAUGGGGUGUUGGAUUCUAUCACGAGGGUCUGACCGCACAGGAAAAGAGAACCGUCGAGAUAUUGUUCAAGUCUGGCGCUAUACAGGUGUUGAUUGCCACUCACUCUGUGUGCUGGUCACUGGAUGUCUACGCCUCGCUGGUUGUCAUCAUGGGUACACAACUCUACCAAGGUAAAUCGGUGCGUUACGUCGACUAUCCAAUUAACGACGUUCUCCAAAUGAUUGCUCGUUCCGGACAACAGGGACGCGAUGACGUCGGUCGUUGUCUACUCCUUUGUCACUCACCAAAGAAAGAGUACUACAAGAUGUUCCUCAACCAACCACUCCCAGUGGAAUCGCAUCUCGACCACUUCCUGGCGGACCACAUCAACUCGGAGAUUGUCACGAAAACCAUUGUAAAGAAACAAGAUGCACUCGAUUACCUGACCUGGACAUUCUUGUACCGUCGUUUCACUCAGAACCCCAACUACUACAAUCUCACUGGAAUCUCACAUCUCCACCUCUCCGAACACAUGUCAGAGUUGGUCGAGAACACACUGGUCGAUUUGGAACAAGCCAACUGUAUCACUAUCCAAGAGGAAGACGACGGACUCUCACCACUGAAUCUCGGUAUCAUUGCCAGCUACUAUUAUCUCAAGUAUACAACGAUCGAGUUGUUUGCAUCCUCACUCAAAUCCACCACUAAACGCAAGGGAAUCCUAGAGAUUCUCUCAACCGCACCAGAAUUUGCUGAAAUCCCUAUCAGACACCGUGAAGAGCAACUUCUCCAGCGUAUGGCAGCUCACCUUCCACUCAAGAUUGAAAAACCAACCUAUGGUGAAGCUCAUACAAAAGUCAACAUUUUAUUGCAAUCACACUUCUCACGAAAAGCAAUCUCUGCCGACCUACAUAUGGAUCUUCAAUUCAUUCUGGAGAAUGCAACCAGAUUGCUUCAGGCAAUUGUCGAUGUUAUAAGUAGUUCCAGUUGGCUGAACCCAGCACUGGCUGCGAUGGAACUCUCACAGAUGUGCACUCAAGCCAUGUGGGACAACGACUCGCCACUCCGUCAAUUGCCACACAUGACAGCCGACCGUCUCGAAGCCUGCAAAAAGGCCGGUCUAGAGUCAAUCUUUGAUCUGCUGGAGCUGGAAGACAGCUCACGUGACAAACUAUUGAGGAUGUCAAACAAGGAGAUGGAAGACGUUGCAACGGUGUGCAAUCGCUAUCCAGACAUUGAACUAUCGUACAACAUCCAAGACGAAGACGACAUACAUGCCGGUGACUCGAUGCUCGUCGAGGUGAUGGUGCAGCGUGAGGUUGAUGAAGAGAGCAACCCCGACCAGCUCAACAUUGUAUAUGCCCCAUACUAUCCAAAGGAGAAGAUCGGUGGAUGGUGGGUCAUCAUCGGUGAUCCAAAGACCAAUCAACUACAUUUCAUCAAACGUCUUACCUUUACUGCUCGUGCCAAAGUCAAAUUGGAAUUCCCGGCACCUGCCAUGGGUAAACACCAACUAACACUCUACUUGAUGUCCGACUCUUACAGUGGAUGCGAUCAAGAAUAUAAACUUGACAUCGAUGUUAAAGCAGCCAAUGUCGAUGAAGAUGAGGAUGAAGAUGGUGAUCAAAACAUGGAAGAUUAG